UUCAAUUUCGCCGUAAAAAUUGAACUAAUCACGUCGAUCUCUCGAACUAUUCUAGUGUUUGUGUACAAUUAAAUUGCUUGUCGCGGCGAAAGUAGCACACAAUCUCUGAAUUGAUCUACGACCUGUUCGCCCGUUCUACAUUCAGUCGAACGAUAACAGUGCAAGAUUUCAGUAUAAAAUGCAUACUGAGCCAGAAUCAAAGUACAACACUUGGGAGAGUAAUGAAGAUAUCCAAAUGUUUCGCGAAUAUCUUAGAAUACCGUCGGUACAUCCAGAUGUAAACUACGAUGAAUGCGUUGAAUUCUUGCGUCGCACAGCUGCUCAUUUGGAUUUACCGGUGGCUGUAUUGGAAAUCCACCCACGAAAACCGAUCGUGAUUAUCACUUGGGAAGGCACCGAGGCUUCUCUGCCAUCCAUCGUGUUAAAUUCCCAUAUGGACGUUGUGCCGGUGUACGCUGACAAAUGGACAUAUCCACCUUUCUCGGCACACAUGGACCCAGAAGGUCGGAUCUACGCCCGUGGGUCGCAAGAUAUGAAAUGCGUGGGAGCUCAAUUUCUUGCAUCGAUACGUGCACUGAAAAACCAGGGCAUAAGGUUGAAAAGAACCCUUCACGUGUUGUUUGUGCCGGACGAGGAAAUCGGAGGAACGCUGGGAAUGAAGGCCUUCGUCGGGACGGAGCAGUUCGGAAAGCUUAAUUGUGGUUUCGCCAUCGAUGAAGCGGUCGCAUCCCCUGAUGAUACAUUUAUGUUGUUUUUCGGUGAAAAAACUAGAAUAGUUGUUAAUUUCAUCAUUCCCGGAACUUCGGGCCAUGGUUCCCUGCUGUUACAAGAAACUGCUGGUGAGAAAGCACGGAAGUUAAUAGACCGAAUGAUGGAUUACCGAAACAGUCAACAGGAAAGGUUGGAUAACGACCAAGAAUUAACUGUUGGGGAUGUGACCACAGUGAAUCUUACGAUGAUGUCGGGUGGUGUACAAAACAACGUUAUUCCGCCAGAAUUCAAAAUAAGCUUCGAUAUACGAGUGGCACAUGACACCAGUAUCGAUGCUUUCGAGGCUCAAUUGCAAAAAUGGUGCGAAGAAUCCGGGGGAGACAUACACAUUGAUUACGAACAGAAGGAUUCACUAAUAGAACUCACUAAGCUAGAUGAAACCAAUCAUUUCUGGAUGGCGUUCAAAGCAGCGGUCAAUGAGAUGGGAAUUGCAAUCCGUACUCAUGUUUGUCCGGGUGCUACGGACGCUCGUUUCCUACGAGAACUAGGCAUUCCCGCUGUCGGAUUUUCGCCGAUGAAUAACACGCCCACGUUGUUACACGAUCAUGAUGAGUUUUUGCACGCCGAAACGUUUUUAAGGGGGAUAGAGAUCUACAAGAAACUUAUCACUGCUGUUGCAAAUGCUUGAAAAUUGUGAGUUAGUCAUUCUGAAUUUAAAGCAGAAAAUAAACCUUUGACGAAAUAUGUCAUCAAAUUUUUGCUACAGUCAGGUUCUGGAGAAU